ACAGAGAACGCCCAACGGUCCAACUUUGACUCUCUCGCUCUAGAAAAAUUCUCUCUGGAAUGCUGGUCAUCUACAAAUUCAACUCCUCGCGCAUGGGUUUCCCAAACCCUGAAAACCCUAAACACCUGUUACUUGAAACCCUUGGAAGACCGUUUAAUUUCUGAUUCAAUUGCACUCGGAUUUCCAAAGCCCCAACGCCAUCAUGGAAACGGUGUCGUUGGAUUUCCUGGUCCCGUCCUUAUGGGAGAUCGAGGUCGCAGUGGCUGCCUCCGUCUUCGUGAUCUUCGCUUACUGGUUCUUCACGUACAGGGGCGGCGGAGGUGGAUAUGCUGAUCGCCCAGUUGUGGACAAUUCUGGUGCUUUCGGAGAUGCCAUUGAUGACAAAGACAAGAUCCAGUUGAAAGGAGAUCUUCAAAACAGUUCUGCAUAUUUAAUCAAGCUGGAACUGUUGGCUGCUAAGAAUCUCAUUGGUGCAAACUUAAAUGGCACGUCGGAUCCCUAUGCUAUGAUCACUUGUGGAACAGAAAAGCGAUUCAGUUCAAUGGUCCCUGGUUCGAGAAAUCCUAUGUGGGGAGAGGAGUUUAAUUUUUCUGUUGAUGAGCUUCCUGUCAAGAUUAAUGUGACAAUAUAUGACUGGGAUAUAAUAUGGAAAAGCACUGUUCUUGGUUCAGUGACUGUUCCAGUUGAAAGUGAGGGUCAAACAGGUGCAGUAUGGUAUACAUUGGAUAGCUCAUCGGGGCAGGUGUGUCUCCACAUAAAAACAAUAAAACUGCCUGUGAAUUCUUCAAGUGGUAGGGCUAUGAAUGGCUAUGCUGGAGCUAAUCCUCGAAGAAGGGUACCUUCAGAUAAACAAGGGCCUACAGUGGUUCAUCAAAAGCCAGGCCCUCUCCAAACUAUAUUUAAUCUACUUCCAGAUGAGGUUGUGGAACAUAGUUAUUCAUGUGCACUUGAGAGGUCAUUCUUGUAUCAUGGCCGUAUGUAUGUCUCUGCAUGGCACAUUUGCUUCCACUCUAAUGUGUUUUCUAAGCAAAUGAAGGUCAUCAUACCAUUUGGUGAUAUUGAUGAGAUUCGGAGGAGUCAGCAUGCAUUCAUUAAUCCUGCUAUAACAAUUAUACUUCGCAUGGGUGCUGGUGGGCAUGGUGUGCCUCCUUUGGGGAGUCCUGACGGUAGAGUGAGAUAUAAAUUUGCAUCAUUUUGGAACAGGAAUCAUGCAUUUAGAGGUCUCCAUCGCACAGAAAAGAAUUACCAUGCAAUGUUAGAAGCUGAGAAGAAGGAAAAGGCAGCGUCAGCACUGCGUGCACAUAGCAGUUCUGUAAAAGGAAGUCAGGCUAAGAUUCCUGAAGAUAUCAUCCCCAAAACUGGAAAGCUUCCAGCUUUUAUCAAGGAAGAAGUGAUAACUAGUAUAUAUAAUGAUGUUUUCCCAUGCACAGCUGAGAAGUUCUUCAAUUUGUUGUUGAGUGAUGGUUCAAAUUAUUUACAUGAGUAUCGUUCAGCACGAAAAGACACUAAUCUUGUUAUUGGACAGUGGCAUCCCGCAGAUGAAUAUGAUGGUCAACUCAGAGAAAUAACAUUCAGGUGCAUUUGUAACAGUCCCAUGUGCCCCCCAGAUACAGCCAUGACAGAAUGGCAGCAUGCUGUUUUAUCACCAGACAAGAAAACACUGGUGUUUGAGACAGUGCAGCAGGCUCAUGAUGUUCCAUUCGGGUCUUACUUCGAGGUAUGCAAUACAUUGAUGAUGCUUUUUUGCUUUUCAGAUGUAAUAUCUUCUGGAUCCUGAUUUGAGAUUGGUAUGUGUUAGAAUUCGUGAUAUGAUUUUAUCCUUCUUAUUUGACAAAAUAACGAUGUCUUCAGUUUAUUGUUAAACCAAGGAAGAAAAACCUAAUGAGUUACAUUACUAGCACUUGGGAAGUUUUGGUACAGAUGAUAAUUUUGUGGACUUCCAUCAGUUUGUUUAUUUUCUGUCCAUGUUCCUUAGUUAAGGUGCUCAACCUAUAUUCUAGAAACCUGCACUUCUUUUUUUUUUUAAGAAGAAAGGAAAUUAUAUUGCAGAGAACAAUAAAAACAAGAGUGGUCAAGGAGACCACUACAAACAGCACAGAAAAAGAAGAAACAACAUAGAGAGCAAAACAAUCCCCAAGGCACCAACACAGUAAGCCUGAAAGGACAGACUUAGCCUGGAAAGCAAAAGAAGGGCAGCUUUCCAAUCAAGUCAAAUAAACCUAAAAGAAAGAUCUCUAAAUUCUGACGAAGUCGAAGCCCAAAGUGAAGACCAUACUCUGACUUUCUCCCAUAACUCCUCACCUUCACGACGAGCAUGGUUAUCAAAAUUAGAUCUAUUACUUUCCAACCAAACCACCCAUAAGACAGCCAAAACAGAGCAGCCCCAAAGCACCUUAGCUUUCUGUCCUUUCCCUGUCCUUUUCCUGGAAGUUUAUCUCUCCGAUAAAAAGGUGAGCAGUCUUUGGAUAGCACCCAGCUGAUAUCAAACUCCCUAAACAAACACAACCACAGAUUAAAGGUCACCAGGCAAUGCAGGAAAAGAUGACCAAUCGACUCUGAGCUGCUUUUGCAGAGAGAGCAUCACUGAUGGCAAAGGCAGAGGACAUAGGCCUCCUCUGAAUCAUGUCACAUGUGUUAACCUUCCCAUGGCUCACAAUCCAAGCAAAAACUCACUUUUGGGGGGCUUCUCAAUUAUAUGGAGCAUGUGGAUCCUAAUUAAAUUGUAUUUUGUUUCCUUGUUUCAGUACAAAUUCAGUUCAUUGAAUUGGAAUUAUUUUUUUGACUGUCAGCCAUCUAAAAAUUUACGUUUGGCUAUAAGAAAAUUGGAUGAAAAUCAUGAAAUAAGUAGUCUUAUCAGAUUUCAUCUGAUGCAAUUUCAUGGCAAUUCUUUGUGUCAGCUUAA